AUGUUAAAGGAAAACUACACAGAAGUGACUGAGUUUAUCCUCCUGGGACUGACAGAUCGAGUUGAGUUGCAGCCUGUCCUUUUUGUGGUCUUCCUAGUCAUCUACCUGAUCACAGUCUUCGGCAAUGUGAGCAUGAUUUUGUUAAUCAGAACUGACUCAAAGCUUCAGACUCCAAUGUACUUCUUCCUCAGCCACCUCUCCUUUGUAGAUCUCUGUUAUGCCACCAAUGUCACACCUCAGAUGCUGGUCAAUCUCUCAUCUGAGAGAAAAACUAUUUCUUUCCUUGGUUGCUUUAUACAGUUUGAUUUAUUCAUUUCCUUGGGGCUCACAGAUAGCUAUAUGCUCACAGCAAUGGCUUAUGACCGCUACAUGGCCAUCUGCAAACCCUUGUUAUAUGGCAGCAAGAUGUCCCGAGGUGUCUGCCUCUCUCUCGUUGCUAUGUCUUAUAUUUAUGGCUUUGCAAACGGUCUUGCACAGACCAUCCUGAUGCUCUGCCUCUCCUUCUGUGGACCCAAUGAAAUCAAUCACUUUUACUGUGCGGACCCACCUCUCCUAGUCCUGGCCUGCUCAGAUACUUAUGUCAAUGAGACUGCCAUGUUCGUGGUGGCUGGUUCCAACCUCAUGUGCUCUCUCACCAUCAUCCUCAUCUCUUACAUUGCCAUCUUUACAGCCAUUCUGCAAAUGCAUUCUCCAGAAGGGAGGCGCAAGGCAUUCUCCACCUGUGGGUCUCAUCUGACAGUUGUCACUAUGUUUUAUGGGACACUGUUCUGGAUGUAUCUGAGGCCACCUUCUGAGGCAUCCGUAGAACGGACCAAAAUUGCAGCUGUUUUUUAUGUCUUUCUGAGUCCUAUGUUUAACCCUUUGAUCUACAGCCUUCGGAACAAAGAUGUUAAAAGAGCAAUAAGGAGAAGAGUCCCCAGAAGAAAUAUGGUCACUCGGAUGGCAACGCCUCCAUUUCCAAUAAACGGUAACUCUUAA